AUAGUAAUACGCAGUUUCUAUUUUGUUAAAAUUAGUAAAAACUACAAGCAAUAUUUAAUAAGUUUAGAAUCUAAAGUCAUGAAAUUGAAAGAUUAAAGAAGAAGGAAUUACUUUUGAAGAAAAGAAAAAAAGAAAAAAAGGAAAAAUCAAAUCCAGUUUUGAUCGGAGAGAGAUAUUUGUGUGUGCAGCUGCAUAAUAUAGUUUGGUGAAAAUGGUAACCACAAUGAACUCGCUUUCGGGUGGUGGUUUGUUUAUGGUUAUGCUAUAUUGAAAUUUAGAGCUCAAACCUUGCCUUCCCCUUCAACACCGAUUUCAACCCAUCUUCUUAUUUGAGUUCGCGCCAUACAGAAAGAUCUCUUUCUCAUGGCUAGAGCUGGAGGAAUUACCAACGCUGUAAACGUAGGGAUAGCGGUUCAAGCUGAUUGGGAGAAUCGCGAAUUCAUCUCUCAUAUUUCCAUCAAUGUCCGUCGUCUCUUUGAUUUCCUCGUCCAUUUCGAGGCAACAACAAAAAGCAAGUUGGCAUCUUUGAACGAGAAACUUGAUACCCUGGAGAGGCGGCUUGAAAUGCUUGAAGUGCAAGUCAGUACUGCAUCUGCUAACUCAUCUCUUUUUACCACUUAAUGUUUACUUUACCUUGUAUAAAGAGACAUAGCUCCCUGUUAUAGUUUUUGUCUUGUUUUCACUAGUGUAAACGAAAUAUGAGGAUCUUGUGUAAUGAUUAUGUGUACACAUUGAUGGUAAAGUCAUAUCUGUCUAGUGCUUUUAUACUGA